AUGGACGAGAUUCGAGACAGCAAGAAAAAUGCUACGGCACCAGAUCUUCAGGUACUGGAUGAAGAUACUGGGAAGUAUGCGACUAUUGAUGAUAUCGAAGUCGAUACAUUCUACGGCUCUUCUACGACCAGGGCAUAUCGAAUGAAAUCUGAACUUGUCGGGAAGUGCAUGGAAGAAAUCGGGAUGGGCUGGUUCCAAUGGAAGCUUUUUGUGGUGACUGGCUUCGGAUGGAUAGUCGACAAUUUUGCUUCUCAAGGCAUUGGAAGUGUCCAGCCACCAAUAAAGCAAGAGUUCUCCGGCAUCGUGCAAGUCAGCUACAGUUCUGUUGCCUACUACGUUGGCCUGAUCUUGGGUGCCUCAUUCUGGGGCCUGUCUAGCGACCUCGUCGGGCGCAAGCCGGCAUUCAACUGCACUUUGCUCAUCGCCGGGAUUUUCCUUUGCGCUGCUGCGGGCUCAAUGAAUUUUGUUGCUUUCAGUGCACUCUGGGCUGUAAUUGGUACCGCCGCUGGGGGGAAUGUCCCCGUUGACUGUAUGAUAUUUUUGGAGUUCGUGCCGGGGAGUCAUCAAUACCUACUCACUGCACUUUCAGCGUGGUGGAACUUGAGUCAACUCAUUGUUUCCUUGGUUGCAUGGGUCUUCCUGGCCAACUUCAGUUGCCCAACUGACGCCACCCCGGAGACAUGUUCCCGGAGCAAUAACAUGGGAUGGAGAUACACUCUCAUUACCCUUGGAGGCCUUGCUCUGGCAUUCACUUUCAUUCGCAUAUUCGUCUUCAAGCUCCCUGAAACGCCUCGAUAUCUACUCUCUCAGGGAAGAGAUGAAGAUGCCGUCAACGCCGUCAACCAUGUUGCUCGACAGAACGGAAAGCCCGAGCCAUUGACAAUUGGAAUGCUCCGUGAUAUAGAUGCCCGGCUGGGUAAUCAAACCGACGGCGAGGCAGGCGCAACGCGCAUGUCCACCAAGGAAAUAGUGAAAGAGAAUAUGCAGGCAUUCCGGGGCGAACAUUAUCGCGCAUUGUUCGCGACUCGGGAACUAGGGAGACAGACGCUUAUCAUUUGGCUGAUCUGGCUGACAGUUGGUAUUGCCUACCCUUUAUUCUUUGCAUUUUUGCCUUCAUAUCUGGCAACGAAAUUCACGGAAAGUUCUUCCCUGUACCUCACAUAUCGCAAUUACUGCAUAACAUCGGCUGUCGGUAUCAUCGGUCCGUUAUCUGCAGCAGCAGGCGUGAACACCCGCCUAGGCCGGCGCUGGAUGAUGGGAAUUUCGGCAGUGGUAACCGCAGUCUUUCUGUUUGCAUAUGUUGGCGUCAAUAGCCCGUCCGCCAACCUGGCCUUUUCAUGCAUCACUAGUCUAUUGGCUAAUUUCGAGUACGCAAUCAUGUAUGCCUUUACUCCCGAGUCCUUCCCAGCACCACAUCGCGGUACUGGAUCUGGAACAGCAGCCGCGCUUCUCAGGCUAGGGGGGCUGGUUGCUAGUCUCAUUUCAUCACAGACUGGAUUCACAAGUGCACCAAUCUAUGCCAGUGCCGCACUGUGGGUUGCUGUGGGAGUAUUCUGCUUAGGUCUGCCAUUUGAGACACAUGGACAUGAUGCACUUUAG